AUGAAGAUAGUUCUGCAGAAAGUGAGUCAAGCCAGUGUUGUGGUAGAUUCGAAGAUAAUUUCCAGCAUUAAGCAUGGAUACAUGUUAUUAGUGGGAAUAUCCACCGAAGACACCAUAGAGGAUGUGCAAAAACUCUCGAAAAAAGUCGUCAAUCUCAGAAUCUUUGAAGAUGAUCAAAACGCGAUGUGGAAAAGGAACAUAAAAGAGGUAAGCGGUGAGAUCUUAUCCGUUUCACAGUUCACAUUAAUGGCUAGGACAGCAAAAGGUACCAAGCCGGACUUUCAUAUGGCUCAGAAAGGUUCUUUGGCAAAGGAACUCUAUGAAAAGUUUCUUCAGUUACUGAGAGAAAGCAUAGGAGAUGCUAAGGUUCAAGACGGUCAAUUCGGCGCAAUGAUGAGCUGUUCUCUUGUCAAUGAAGGACCAGUCACAAUCAUUUUGGAAACGUGA